AUGACGACCGCCUCGCCGCCCAAGCCUUGGGAGCGCGCCGGUGCAGCAACUCCUACGGCCACAGCGUUCCCGGAGCCCAGCGCUGUGAACGCGACCAGUCUUCCGACCAUGACCGAUACAGCGACCAGUAGUAUCGGCGCACCCUCACUUCCCGACCGGCCUAAUGCGCUCAAUUCGGUGGUCAAUUCGACUGCCUCAAAUUAUGCGAACCCAAACACCACUGGCGCAUAUGGUUCAGCAUAUUCAUCACCAUACUCGAGUCCGUACAACCGCUUCGGCAGCUAUGGCAGCAGUAUCUACGGCGCUGGCUAUGGUGGCUACGGCAUGGGAGGUAUGAUGGGUGGUGGCAUGAUGGGUGGCUAUGGAGGCAUGCCUGGUAUGCCCGGUGGUCCCGGCGAUCAGAGCCUGACACAGACCUGGAACCAAAGCACAGCUGCCACCUUCCAGGUCAUGGAGAGCAUAGUACGCGCUUUUGGAGGAUUUGCUCAGAUGCUCGAAAGUGCAUACAUGACCACGCAUUCAUCGUUCUUUGCCAUGGUCUCUAUGGCAGAACAGCUCGGCAACCUACGACAUACCUUGGGCUCAGUCCUCGGCAUAUAUGCCUUCUACGUUGGAUGCGGACACUCCUCGCCAAAAUCACUGGUCGACCUCCGCCGGCUGAUGCUGCGGCGCUGA